GUGCUUCCGGUGUGUGUCGGCGCGUUCGGUUCGUGUGAGGCUGAAAAACUGUUCUUAAAAACCCAAAAAGGAGCAAAAGUAACAGAGAGCAGAGCAGCAGGAAGUCACACAGAGCAGCAGACAUGGCUCGAAAUGCAGAGAAAGCCAUGACGGCUCUGGCCCGGUUCAGACAGGCUCAGCUGGAGGAGGGAAAAGUUAAGGAGAGGAGACCGUUCUUGGCCUCAGAGUGUAGUGAACUUCCUAAAGCAGAGAAAUGGAGACGACAGAUCAUCAGUGAGAUCUCUAAGAAAGUGGCUCAGAUCCAGAACGCUGGUCUGGGAGAGUUUAAGAUCCGUGAUGUAAACGAUGAGAUCAACAAGCUGCUGAGAGAAAAAGGUCACUGGGAGGUUCGGAUCAAAGAGCUGGGAGGCCCGGACUACGCACGUGUGGGUCCCAGGAUGCUGGACCAUGAGGGGAAGGAGGUUCCAGGGAAUCGAGGCUAUAAAUACUUCGGAGCGGCCAGAGACCUGCCGGGGGUCCGAGAGCUGUUUGAGAAGGAACCUGCCCCGGCGCUGAGGAAGACGAGGGCCGAGCUGAUGAAGGAAGUGGACGCUGAGUACUACGGAUACAGAGACGAAGACGACGGAGUUCUGCUUCCUCUGGAGGCUCUGCACGAGAAGCAGGUUGUGUUGCAGGCCGUCCAGAAGUGGAGGACAGACAGAGAGUCUCGUCUCUCAGGAGAGAAACAGGAUGAAGAUGAAGAAGAGGAGAACAUCUACGGCCAGGAAGAGCAGGAGGAGGAGGAGAGCCGGGAGGAGACGGAGGGAGACGAGGGAGGAGCUUCCUUCAUCUCACAUGUUCCUGUUCCAUCACAGAGAGAGGUGGAGGAGGCUCUGGUGAGGAGGAAGAAGAUGGAGUUGUUGCAGCGUUACGCCAGCGAGACUCUUCAGGCUCAGAGUCAAGAAGCCCGAACCCUGCUGGGCCUGUAACCUGUCUGUCUGACCUCUGACCUGUCUGUCUGUAACCUGUC